AUGAAUCCUUUAUACACUAAGUGGAUAUUUCAUGGGGAGGGGAUCACAAAGUCCAAUGAGGUUCCAGAUACAUAUCGAAUGUUUAGAGAUGCGUGUUUCGAAAAUGAUGAUGUAAGGGAACCUACAUAUAAUAGAUCUUUACCUGAUUAUGAUAACUUAUUAGAGGAGGCAAAAACUCCCCUCUAUGGAGGAUGUGACUGGACAAAAAUGUCAGCAACAGUAGCCUUGUAUAAGUUGAAGGCAAGACAUGGUUUAUCAAACGUUGGUUUUGAUGAACUACUUGAGGUGAUUGGUGGAUUUUUACCAAAGGAUCACACUCUUCCAAAUUCUUUAUAUUCAACAAAGAAUGUUUUGAAGGAAUUUGAUCUUGGUUAUGAGAAGAUACAUGCUUGUGUGAAUGAUUGUUGCUUGUUUUGGAAAACAAAAGAAAAAGAUGUUGUGUGUGAAACAUGUGGUUCCUCACGUUGGAAAGUUGUUAAGCACACAGGAGAAAUUAAUGAAGUCAUUCCUGCAAAGGUUUUAAGGUAUUUUCCAAUUAAAUCAAGAUUUAGAAGAAUGUUUAGAAAUGCCGAAUUAGCUGAACAAUUAACAUGGCAUGACACUAACAAGAGUCAAGAUGGCAUGAUGCAUCAUCCAGUUGACUCAUUGGCAUGGAAGAGCAUAGAUAAUAAAUGGCCUUCCUUUGUAUCUGAGCCUCGUAACCUCAGACUUGGUCUUUCUUCUGAUGGAUUCAAUCCUUUUGGUGAUUUUAGUUCUCGGUAUAGUUGUUGGCCUGUGAUUUUGUGUACAUACAACUUCUCACCUACUAUUUGUAUGUCGAAGGAAAACUUAAUGCUUACAUUACUCAUCCCUAGGCCAAAGCAACCAGGGGAUGAUAUAGGUGUUUAUCUACAACCACUUAUAGAUGAUCUAAAAGAGUUAUGGUUGGAUGGGAUGAGUGUGUAUGAUGCAUUUAGGAAUGAAACAUUUAACUUGAAAGCUUUGUUGAUGUGGACUAUAAAUGAUUUUCCUGCAUAUGCCAACUUAUCUGGCUAUUCCACGAAGGGAACGAAAAAGAAAGGUGAUAAUAGAAAGGUGAAUCGGAAAAGAAAAAGAUCAGACCUAAAUAUUGAUGGCGAUGAAGAUGACAACGACCACGAUGAUGACGUUGAUGAUGAUGGUGAUGAUCCCAUGAAGCUUACAAGGCGAUGGAAGAAGAAAUCCAUCUUCUUUGAGUUGCCGUACUGGCAGGAUUUAUAG